UGUCAACAAAUCUAAACAUUUCGGCGUGUUUUGGUUUCAUAACAAAUUACACUCAUUGGAAGCAGCUAUUCACCACCCAAAUCCAUCACCAUGGCCAACAGCCGGUUGGAAAAAAUAGGAACCAUCAUUACAAGGACUCAAGGGCUGCUCAAAUCGGGUGCAAUGAAGUUCGAUGAGCGACCGCUCUGGUAUGAUGUUGUGACCGCAUUCCCACCCCAUGAGGAACCGCGUUACGAUCGUCCUGCUCCUAGAGUACCCGUACGAGAAAUAUUUUACCAAGAAGAUACAAUACGAGCCAAGUUCCACAAAUCCGGCAAAGCUACGUUUGCAACCAACUUGUUGGAUACCAACAAUCUUACACCGACGCAACAAUUUAUUGGAAUAUAUCAGAACUUGUCCACCCAAGGUGCAAUAGACGAACAGAAAGUGUACGAAACAGCAAUAGAUUUGCUGGAAGAUCAAAUGCGACAGCAGCGUGCGGACAAACGACCAUCUGAACCAGCGUCAGUUGAUCGCACGAAACCAUCGCCCUUACCGGAGGAUAGUGGCAAAACCGUCCAGCUGCAAGAUAUAUUCAAAGAUUAGUGCAUUUCGUAAGAAUUCGAUUAAAUAAAGCCAUUUUCAGUAGCGUAAUAA